AUGCAGAAAGUUAGAAUAAAUGCGUCCCAAGAGGCUUUAGGGUCUCCAAUUUUGGAAUCGCCUUCCUUAUCUGCAUCUUCAUCUACGGCAUUCUCUCAGCAACAAGGUGGUUUUAGAAAUCAUCAUCACCAGCAACAAGACCCUUCUCAAUUCAUUCAAAAGUCAUCAUAUCAACAGAAAUAUCACAAUCAAUCAACGACGGGUGCUCCUCCGUAUCCCGUGUCACCAAUCACCGGUAACGAUUCCGAUGCUUCCGAGAGAGCCAGACGUCAAAUCUCUCGGAAACCACCGCCAAUGGACCUUAAAAAUCAACGCAGAAAUGUAAGCUCUCCUUCUAUGCCUAUAAAUCAUAACGCUCCUUAUACGGGAGGAGGUGGAAAUCCGGCUCCUCAACUGCAACAACUUCCAAAUGCUCAGAACAGAGCGAAAUCUUUACUGGCCAACUCCAAUUAUAACAGAUCAGCUAUCCAGCACCAAUAUGGUGGUGGUGUCAAUGGAUCAGCAUUAGGUUCGGGCACUCAAUACCCCCAAACAACUCCUUCAUAUUAUGGUGGGAAUAAUAAUAACGGUAUUGGGAGCUACUCAAUGCAACCACCACCAUCUCAACAAGUCCAAACACCCACAUCUUCCAAGUCUAGAUCGUUUACUUCAUUGGCAAAGUUGUCAUCGUUGUCAACAAAGAGAUUUAGUUCGUCUACAUCCUUGAACAACUCGUUACUGAACAGUCUGCAGCAAGGUACAAAGUUGGAGAGGGUGUCUUCGAUGUCUACCAUGGCUUCUAAAUCAAGUUUAGCGGGAAUGCAGAGUACUCGUGCCCACGGAGGACAUGAGCUGGGAUCUCAACGGAAACAUCAUCGUCAUCAUAGACCUUCCGUCUAUCCCGCAUUGCUUUCACAAGUUGCUAAGGCAUUCAAGGACACCGUGGUGUUGACAGUAAACACCAAGGAUGGGUUAGAACAUCACGAUACAUUUACAGGCAAGAUGGCUGUUGAUAUAAUCUGUAAGAUUAUUCGAACAAACGAUAGAAACUUGGCCUUAUUAUUAGGAAGAUCUUUAGAUGCUCAGAAGUUCUUUAGAGAUGUUACCUUAACUCAUCGUUUGCGUGACUCUGUUCACGAGGUUUAUGCAUUUAAUUAUCCAUACAACAAGGCAGAUUACUUUGCUGAUGUGGGUCAUGUUCCUGUUAGCCCGGAUUUGUCCAAACUGAAUUCUUUUGUUGACUCCAAUCAAGCUCAAAGCCAUGGAGGAGGAAUCUACAGAAAUAGUAGCGGUAGUGUUCCGAGUACUCCAAUUGGCAGCGCAUCUUCAUUUAGUCAGACAUUGAUACAAUCAGAAUUGGUGGAACGAACGCCAUUAACAACCACUCCCCAUAAUCAAAUACACCAUUCGGCAUCAACUAUAUCCAACUCCACUUUGAAUGGGAAUAAUAAUGGUGGUGUGGGGGGGCCACAAGAUGAGAGUGGAGUGAAUGGUGUUUUCACUAUUUUGACGAAUUGCUAUUCAGCAACAUGUACCAGAAACAGCCUCUGUUAUAGUAUUUCAUGUCCAAGAAGAUUGGAGCAACAAGCUCGUUUGAACAUGAAGCCUGGUGGAGGGUUGAAGAGAGCCACGUCUAAGCUUUCAAUCAAUGACGUUGAUGAAAAUAAGACUUUAUGGCACGAAACUGUACCAAGUUCUAUUUUGGAUAAGAUGGAUAAACAUCAAAAAAUGAGACAAGAAUUAAUAUUUGAAUUUAUUUAUACUGAAAGAGACUACGUGAAGGAUUUGGAGUUUAUGACGGAUUUCUACAUCAUGCCCUUGCGGAACGCAUUCAAUAAUAUUAUUCCUGAACGGGAACGUGAAGCAUUUAUUCGUACUGUAUUUGGCGGAGUCAAUGAUUUAUUGCGUUUAGCCAAAGGGUUGAGUGAAGCAUUGACCAGAAGACAACAACAGCAAAAGCCAGUGAUUGAAACAUUUGCAGAUGUAUUUUUGGAGCAUGUAGGGAACUUUGAUGCAUUUGUUAAAUAUUCUGGUAAUAAAGUCUUUGCCAGUUAUGAACAUGAAAGACAACAACAAGUUAAUAUCAAAUAUUCCCGUUUCCUUGAAGCCAUUGAAAAGAAACCGGAAUCUAGAAAGCAAGAUUUGACUGCAUUUUUGAUUAAAGGUAUUCAAAGACCUGCCCGGUAUCAAUUAUUACUUAAGGGUGUUUUAAAGAACACCAAUCCAGAGUCUCCAGAUUAUAAUAAUUUGGUAAUUGCUAAGGAAGAAAUUGAAAAGAUCUUAGUCAAGAUGAAUGUUGCUACGGGUGAAUCCACUGAUCGUCAUAAAAUCAUGGUUUUACAAAGACAUUUGGGUAAGCAAACAUUAGAACAACGAUUCAACUUGAAGUUGAAUUACAAGCAUCGUAUCAUAUAUCAAGCGACUUUGAAUCGUAAGAGGGAUAAUGAGAAGAUUGAUUUAUAUCUCUUUGAACACGCUCUAUUAUUAGUGAAGCAGAAGACUCAAAACAAGAGAGAAGUUUUUAAAGUAUUUGAGCGACCAAUUUAUUUACCACUUUUGUUCAUGAACAGUGGGAUUGAUAUUCCCAACACCAGGUCUAUUUUACAACACCGGUUUCAAGAUUCUUUACUUCUGGAAGUUAAUUCAGCAGCCUCAGGUACUCGAGUACCAUCAUUCAAAGCAUCAGCAUCUGAUUUGAAUUCCCUUGGAGGGUCUACUCUUGGAUCAGCUACAACAGGUAGCACCAUUGGAACUUACAAUUUCAAUCCCAAUGUUUCGAAUUCCAAUACCAAGCUACCUCUUAAUGUAUUGGGGUUGGGUCGUAACCAAGUUCACGUGACGUUAUUUGCAGAUGAUUUGACUAACCAAAACCAAGUAUUGCAACAAGUUUACAAGCAACAGAAGAAGCUUAUCGAACAGAAUGAUAUUUUCCUGCUUUCCAAGUAUUUCACCAGAAGAUUCCAUGGCAAUAACCGGAUCAAUUGUGCCGUGCCAUGUUAUGGAGGGAAGAAGUUACUUUAUGGUACAGAUACAGGAGUUUGGGUCGCCACUGUUAGAUCCAUCAGUAUGACAUCCAAUGAGAAGAUUUGUCUGGAUCCUACGUUGAUUAUCACCAAGAUGUAUGUUACGCAAAUGGAAGUUCUUGUUGAAUACGGUAAAUUGUUGGUCCUUUCAGAUAAGAAUUUGUAUGAGUUUGAUUUAACAUGUACGGAAUCCUUGGAUCAAGUUAAAAAUACACGAAGUGGGAAGUUGAUAUUAGAUCAUGUGGGAUACUUCAAAUCUGGGGUUUGUGACGGGAAGCUUUUAGUGUGUGCCACUAAGACUGGGAACACUCAUUCCAUUAGUGUUUUUGAGCCCAAUAAUCCAUUUGAUAAGAAUAAGAGUAAGAAUAAGAAGUAUGAUAUUCGAGAGUUUUCCUUUAGUUCUGACCCCUUGGUGAUUUCCUUUUUGAAAACCAGAUUGUGUAUUGGGUGCACCAAAGGAUUUGAAAUCUUAUCGUUGGAGAAAGACAUGAAGGAGCCUAUUUUGGACGAAGCAGAUCCUUCGUUAGACUUUGCUAUUCACAGAGAAUCCGUUCAUCCAUUGGCGAUCUACAGAUUAGGAAAGAACUUUAUGCUUUCAUAUAGUGAGUUUUCGUUUCUUAUUAAUGGGAAUGGAUGGAGAACCAAUCACGAAUGGGGGAUAUUUUGGGAAGGUGUACCUCAGAAUGUUGCAUUAUUUUAUCCCUAUUUAUUAGCAUUUGAGCCUGGAUUCAUUGAGAUUCGGGAUGUGGAACUGGGCAAUUUAUUGAGGGCUCUAGUUGGCGAGAAUAUUCGAUUUUUACAUUCGAAUGAACAUGAAGCAUUGUACGCUUGUGAAGAUAAUGGCUACGAUAUUAUUGUUUCGAUUGACUUUUUAAAUUUGAAGCCAAGGGUUGAAGAAGUGAGUCGAGAUUCAUCCAUUCGAAAGAAGUAG